CAAUCUUGUGCCAGAUGUUUGUCUUCGAGGAUAAUAAGGAAGACGGACAGACAGACGUGUUAGAUAUCAAAGAACCACAAGACUCGAACCCAGCCCCACCCCGACUGAGUCAAGUUAGGUCAAGUCAUCCAUUGUUAAGUAAUCAAUCUAUGGGUCCGAUCCAUUUGAGUUGGCUUGGCUGCUUCGGUGCAGCGUCGCUGUCCACUGACUGACUGUCUUCGUCUCCGAUGAUCAUAAUCCAAUGGAAUUAGAAUUAGGAAGAAGGAUCGAAGAUGGAGCAUUUGUUCUUCUAGUGUUCCUUUCUUUUAUUAUUGGUUUGGUGUGGAAUCUCUUUCCUUUGCUCUUACACUUUUUAUUCUCCUCUUUCACUCACCCCCACAAAACCCUAAUCGCCAUUUCUGAAACCAACCCCACUCAGCAAGCUUCUUUUUUUUUUUUCUCCAUGCCCACUUCUUCAGUUCUAUGCUAAUGUGAGCGGAAGGGAAGGCUGCCGAUGAUGACGGACAGAGAGUCAUCUGACGAAGAGGGGGAUCACGAGAAUCUGAUUCCCCAAAAUGCCAGACCCAACGACGCCGUCAAGUCCCCCAACCACCGCAGCCCCUUUGCCUUCCAAAUUGCCGAUGACUUCAGGAGCCGCGUCCGCAGAUUCAACAAGGUGUAUCUGUUAACGAUUUUUCUGCCUAUGGUAAUUUUACUGCUCUAUUUCACCACCGACGCGAAGAAUUUGUUCCAGAUUCGUUUGCCAGUGCCCAGAGAUGUCGAAGAUAGCAACAAUCCAUCAAUUAAUCGAAUGCGCGAAGCAGAGCUGCGGGCGCUGUAUUUGCUCAAGCAGCAGGAGCUUGAGCUUUUGAAGAUGCUGAAAAAUUCUACUCUGAUAAAUGAUAGUGCUAAUUUGACCAAUACUUCUUCUUCUUCCAAUGGCGAUGGGCUUCAUUCACUUUCUUCUUCAACAUUGGCAGAUUUGCAAGCACGAGUUGCUAGGCAAAUUUCAUUGAAUGAGCAGAUCCAAGGCUCUCUACUCUCCUCCCACGAGAGUGGUGAUGUGUCUCUCGAUUCAAAUGUGAGUUUUUCAGGUUGGAACAGCAGAUGUAGGAAGGCUGAUCCCAAGUUUUCACAGAGAAGAACAAUGGAGUGGAAGCCCAAAUCAAACAAGUAUCUAUUCACAAUUUGUUUAUCAGGACAAAUGUCGAACCACCUGAUCUGUUUGGAGAAGCAUAUGUUCUUUGCUGCAUUGUUUGAUCGAAUCUUGGUGAUACCUAGUCCGAAAGUAGAUUACGAGUUUCAUCGAGUUUUAGAUAUUGAUCACAUUAACAAGUGUGUAGGGAGGAAAGUUGUGGUGACAUUCGACGAGUUUGCUGAGAAUAGGAAGCAUCAUUUGCACAUCGACAAGUUUAUGUGCUAUUUCUCGUUACCACAGCCGUGCUUUAUAGAUGACAGCCAUGUCAAGAAAUUGAAGAGUUUGGGGCUCUCUGUGGGCAAGAUUACUGCUGUCUGGAAAGAAGAUGUCAAACAUCCGAAGGUGAGGACAGCCAAGGAUGUGUUGGCGAAGUUUUCGACAGAUGAUGAUGUAAUAGCGAUUGGCGAUGUGUUCUUCGCUAAUGUGGAGAGGGAGUGGGUUAUGCAGCCAGGAGGGCCUAUUGCUCACAAAUGUAGGACUUUGAUUGAGCCGAGCCGACUCAUUUUGGUAACGGCUCAACGUUUUAUUCAGACAUUCCUUGGGAGGGACUAUGUAGCCCUUCAUUUCCGGCGUCAUGGUUUCUUGAAAUUCUGCAAUGCCAAACGGCCGAGCUGUUUUUACCCUGUUCCUCAGGCUGCGGGUUGUAUCAAUCAAGUGGUUGAAAAGGCAAAUACUCCGAUAGUUUAUCUUUCGACGGAUGCUGCAGAAAGUGAAACAGGUUUAUUGCAGUCGCUUGUUUCGUGGAAUGGGAAGUCUGUAUCGAUUGUUAGAAGACCAUCUCGCAAUUCUGCUGAAAAGUGGGAUGCUUUAUUGUACAGACAUAGACUGGAUGAAGAUCCUCAGGUUGAAGCAAUGCUGGAUAAGACGAUAUGUGCUUUGUCGUCGGUAUUUAUUGGAUCUUCUGGAUCGACAUUUACUGAGGAUAUUCUACGGCUGCGGAAAGAUUGGAGAUCGGCAUCGUCGUGCGACGAGUACUUGUGCCAGGGAAGAGUUCCCAAUAUUAUUGCUGAAGAUGAGUGACUGAUGCAUUCAAAGUGCCAAAUCUUUCAAUGUUGAUGCAAACAUUAUAAUUGCAUUUGUUGUUGUUGUUCUAUGCCAUUAGAAUGUGGUGAAUGUAAAUAUUGUUGUUAAGGUGUUCAAAUAAUUUUAGGGAUGAAAUCACACGGUGACAGCUCUGUAUUUGAGAAUAGUAAUAAUAAUAAUGAUAAUAAUAAUAAGA